AUGGAUUUGGGGAUUUUUGUGCUUACGGUCUACUCUGUUAUUGCCACUGGCUCCUUGCGCCAUCACCAUUGUCCACGUUCACCAAGUCACCUGCAUUAUAAAUUUUGGAUUUUAGGGCUUAGAAUGAGAGGAAUAUGCUCGGUCUAUGCAUGGAUUUGGGGAUUUUUGUACUUACGGUUUGAUUUGAAAUCAUCAGCAGCAAAGGAAUACCAUAUGGGGAACAUGAUGCAACACCAACUUGCUAGCUUAAAUUGGCUUAGUCAUCUCUACGCUUCUUGGCUAUAUCAUGGAAAACAACCUGCAAAAAGAAUCCUGUAUAAAGAUUUACCAGAAGAGAAGAAGGAGGAGAUUCGUAGAAAGCAAAGAGAAAGAUAUGCUAAACAAAGAGCAUAUAGAAGCAACUCGAUUCGUAUUAAUGAUUCGACAUCAUUUGGUGAUGAUGAUUCUAAUAGAUCUGUUGGUGAUCAAACGACUACGUCGAUUGCUCGAUAUUCAAACAAUGACGUCCAAUAUACAGACAACAUUGAAGACUUUAGUCUUGUUCAAAGAGUAUCAAAGAGACAACGAAAUUCUGAUAUUCAUAUCGGUAUCACUGAAGAUGAUUCGUCUCGUGAAUCAUGUGUUCUUCAUGGUGUUGAUGUAUGUGUCAUUAAUUCGGAGACACAUUCAUCUAUAACCAAUGUCUCUGAAUCUUCUAAUCAACUCUUUAUCCAGCAGGAUCCAUAUGUUGUUCGAGAGGAGUCAAGCUAUGGUCAGUCGCAUCACAGUUCUACUGGAUUGAGACAAUUGUUGAAAGUAGUGCCAUCUGAAGCAUAUUCUCUACCAUUAAUACCCAGCUGCAUACACUGUAAAGCAAAGCGAUUCUGUCAUGAAACAACUGGCUUUUGCUGUGCUGAUGGGAAAAUUUAUUUAGCCACAAAUGAUGUUCCUGAUCAGCUUUAUGCAUUGUUCACCUCCAACACGGAUGAAUCUACACAUUUUAGGACUUACAUUCGAACUUAUAACAACAAGUUCGCUUUUACAUCAUUCGGAGUGAAAUUUGAUAAAGAUCUAUGUAGGGGAAAUAGAGGAAUUUAUACUUUCAGAACUCAGGGACAGAUCUAUCACUACAUCAACGAUUUGCUUCCUUCAAAUGGUUGUCCUUCUUAUCUCCAGUUGUAUUUCUAUGAUACAGAGCAUGAAUUAGAAAAUCGCAUUUCUGAUUCAAAUAGAAUGGAUCCAUCAAUUAUAGCUCAACUCAUCAAUAUUCUUCGCAUCAAUCCAUAUUCCAUUUUUUUCCGUUCUCUUGGUGAUUUGCCAGAUUUAGAAAAUCAAAAAAUCCGCAUAAGAUCAGAUGCUGGCCUAGAUCAACUUGUAUUUAAUGCCCCUACUUCUUCACAAGUUGCAGCAAUAUGGGUAGAAAAUGAUGAUGGAGGUCAACUAAGAGGACGUGAUAUUUUUGUCUUUAACCAUUCUGGUGGAAGUCAUAUAGUUCAGUACUAUUUUGGAUGUUAUGAUCCGCUGCAAUAUCCAUUAUUAUUUCCUUUUGGUGAAAUUGGUUGGCAUCAAGGAAUUGAAGGGGUAAGUAGAGGAAGAAGAUCUACACAUAACGAAACAAGUCGAUCAAUAAAUCCUCAACAAUCAGGAACUGCAGAUGAAUUACUUGCAAGAGAAGAACGAGCAUUAAACAGAGAAAGGAAGGAUCCGAUUGUUUCUUGUCGUGAAUAUUAUUGUUACAAAUUGCAAAUAAGAGAAAAUGUCAGAUCAAUUUUACUACUUUCUGGUCGACUACUGCAACAAUUUGUAGUGGAUAUGUAUGUCAAAAUCGAGACAUCAAGAUUAGAUUAUUUUAGAAAUAACCAACAACAUAUCCGAUCAGAGGUAUAUCAAGGUAUUGUUGAUACCAUUACGCUUGGGGAAACAAACGCUUCUAAUGUUGGGAAACGGAUUAUACUGCGUUCGUCAUUUAUUGGAGGUCCAAGAGAUAUGAGGAAAAGAUAUAUGGAAGCAAUGGUUUUAGUUCAGCGAUAUGGCAAACCAGACAUUUUCUUAACAAUGACGUGCAAUCCAAACUGGCAAGAAAUUACAAACGAAUUAAGUCCGCAUGAGGAGAGUCAGAAUCGACCUGACUUGGUUGCUCGGGUCUUCCAUUCAAAAUUAGAAGAAUUAAAGGAUCAAUUAUUCAAGAAGCAUAUUUUUGGUAAAGUCUCAGCAUAUGUCUACGUUAUCGAGCACCAAAAAAGAGGUCUUCCACAUGCGCAUUUUUUAAUUAUCUUACAGAAUGAUUGGAAAGUCUAUGCGCCUGAAUCUUUUGAUGAGAUCGUAUCAGCAGAGAUACCUGAUAAAAAUACAAACAUGUACUUGCAUAACGUUGUUGUCAAGCAUAUGAUGCAUGGACCAUGUGGAGCCUUGAACCCAUCAAAUGUUUGCAUGAAAAGAAAUGGUUGUUGCAAAAGUAAUUAUCCAAAGAAUUAUGCAUCUGCUACGACUGUUGGAAAUGAUUCAUUCCCAAUAUAUAGACGUAAGAACAAUGGAAUAACUGUCAAAAUUAGAGGCAAAAAUUUAGACAAUUGUUGGGUUGUGCCAUAUAAUCCAUAUCUGCUUGCAACAUUUGACUGUCAUAUCAAUGUCGAGAUUUGUUCUACAAUACAAGCAGUCAAAUAUCUUUAUAAGUACAUUUAUAAAGGGCAUGAUCGUGUUGCUUUCAACCUGGUAUCUGAACAAAACAAUCAACAAGUUGAUGAAAUCCAACAAUUCCAAUCGGCUCGAUGGAUUACUCCCCCCGAAGCUAUGUAG